CAGCAACAGAAACCAGAAACCAGAAAUAUUAGCCUCUUUUGAUGACUAAGAUAUUCAGUUGACUCCAACAAACAAUUCUUCUAUUUUUUUCAUUUUCUUUUGUGAUUUUAUCACUUGUCAUCUCGGACAUUAUCUCCCGACUUUCCACACAUCUAACCUUCAAACUUCUCACCGCCCCUUCACUGACUCAAGAUCCAGAUAAUAAUAAUAAUACCCUCCAAUUUUGCAAAUAAAGGGUAUAUCAUAUUCAGCCUGUCAGGCGUUCCAGCCAUUUAUUUAGAGUCACUUAAGCACCACUUUUCCAAUCAAGGACAUCAAUAAAGCUCAAGUCCUUUGCAUCCUAUGGUUUGUGGUCAGACGCGACUCCAUUAAUGGCUGCAAAUUUGGGAUCUUUGAGGCAAAGCUUUGCGGACAGAAGCAAAGAAAGAUUACUUUCAAGGAAGUAUAACUCUGACGUGGGAUUUGAUGAUUCUUUCUUCGUCUAUGAGGGCUGUUGGCACCGCUUCUUUCGGAUCAUUGGAGAGAGCCUCUCCGGUUGGUGGAAUGAUGUUAAGGGAACUGCAGUUAGUGCGUACGAAAUGGGAAGAUCUGACCCCAGGAAAGUGGUCUUUGCAGCAAAAAUGGGCGCUGCUUUAUCUCUGGUUUCCGUGCUGAUUUUUUUUAAGGAGCCCUUGAGUUAUAUUGGCAAAUACUCCAUCUGGGCUAUCCUAACUGUUGUUGUUGUUUUUGAGUUUAGCAUAGGGGCUACCCUAAACAAAGGGUUUAACCGUGCACUGGGUACCUUAUCUGCUGGAGCACUAGCACUGGGGAUUGCAGAAUUGUCUGUGAUGGCUGGAAAAAUGCAAGAAGUGGUAAUUGUGAUCAGCAUUUUUAUUGCAGGAUUUUUUGCUAGUUAUUUGAAGCUGUAUCCAGCUAUGAAGCAGUAUGAAUAUGGGUUCCGGGUGUUCUUGUUGACAUUUUGUAUUGUACUGGUAUCUGGGACUUCAAGUUUCGUUCAAACGGCUGUUUCCAGGUUGCUCUUAAUCGCUGUUGGGGCUGGUGUUUGUUUGCUCAUAAAUGUAUGUGUUUAUCCCAUUUGGGCUGGAGAAGAUUUGCAUAAACUAGUUGUGAAAAAUUUUAAGGGAGUUGCAACCUCUCUGGAAGGUUGUGUCAAUAUGUAUUUGCAGUGCAUUGAGUACACCAGAAUUCCCUCCAAAAUUUUGCUCUACCAGGCUUCAGAUGAUCCUCUAUACAAGGGAUAUAGAGCUGCAGUAGAGUCCACUAGCCAAGAGGAAACUCUGUUAGGUUUUGCUGUUUGGGAACCACCUCAUGGUCGUUACAAUAUGUUCAGAUAUCCUUGGAGUGAAUAUGUUAAAGUCAGUGGUGCUCUAAGGCACUGUGCAUUCAUGGUGAUGGCAAUGCAUGGAAGUAUACUUUCAGAAAUACAGGCAUCAUCUGAACUAAGGCAAGUUUUUAAGGAUGGGAUUCAGAGAGUUGGGACAGAAGGUGCUAAAGUGCUACGGUUGCUUGGUGACAAAGUAGAAAAGAUGGAAAAACUAUCCCCUGGAGAUCUGCUUCAGGAGGUUCAUGAUGCCGCUGAGGAUCUGCAAAUGAUGAUUGACAAAAAAUCAUAUCUUCUCGUAAACGCAGAGAGUUGGGAAAGUGAAAAACGACCUGGGAAAUUUGCAGAUGCUGAACUGCUUCAAGAACUCAAGGAUAAUGAAUACAAGCCAUUUGUUAUCAACUCUCUAAGUGAAUCAGCUAAUCUAAAAUCAAGUCAGACGUUGCGGAACUAUGAUCCCCAGAAUCCAAACCUGAGCGUCAAUCUCUCGGUUUCACAAUGGGGUUCUGGAGAAGAUGUGCUUAGACAGCAAACAAUGUGGCCUUCUCGGCUCUCACUUAUUGGUGAAAACAUUCUCAAUGAGCGCGAAGUACGGACAUAUGAAAGUGCAAGUGCUCUGUCUCUUGCAACUUUUACUUCUUUGUUGAUUGAAUUUGUUGCCAGGCUUCAGAAUCUUGUGAACUCAUUUGAAGAACUCAGCGAGAAAGCUCAAUUCAGUGAGCCUGUAGAUUCAACUGAAACUAAAGUGGUGGUUGGUUUCUGGGCCAAACUGUUAAAACGCAUUUGCUGCAAGGAUUAGUGCGACCUCAUUACCUUCGGGUGGAAAUUAUUUUUUAUACUCUUUUUUAAGCGAUGAUGUAGUGAUAUCAUUAAGAUGGUAAUAUUAUACCAACACAAGCAGAACCGCUGGUUUAUGGUGUUCAACAGCUUGCAGGGCUUUCAGAGCAUUGUCUCUGUCUGUCAAGGAUUGUACAGGUGUACUACUUGGGAUGGUUAUACUUAGGAACUAAGCUCUCGGGAACACUGAAAAUGUAAUACCUUACGACUUGUUUUAUGAGGAAACUGUAUCGGGACUGUUCAUUUGCUCCAAGUACAUCUUAGAGCUGUGUUAAACAAGUGUUGUGGUCU